AUGUCGUUCGGCCGCCCAGGAGGUCUCUCGGAUAACUUCAAGGCAUCCCCGCCGCUGCGCGGCAGCUUCCCGCUCGACCACGAUGGCGAGUGCAAGGCUUUCAUGGUGUCGUACAUGAAGUGUCUCAAGGAGAACAAGAACAACUCGGGCGCGUGUCGGCUCGAGGCCCGCGGUUACCUCGGAUGCCGGAUGGACAACCAGCUGAUGGACCGCGAGGAGUGGACCAAUCUCGGCCUUGGGGACGUGACUGAGAAGGCGAAUAAGAGCGCACCAAGCGAAAGUGCCAAGACGACAAACGCGGCCUCGGGGACAGGAGGCGCGAGUGCAUCCAACACUGGGAGCGGAGGCAGCAGUGGAUCCCGGUGGGUCCCGAGCGAGAGGAUAUAG